CUAAAUUUCGUUUGAAGCGUUUUGUUGAAACUUGUCCCAAUGUAUUUAAUUUUUGUUAUAUCAAUUUUUACAACAGUUUGUUCAACGCAAAAUCUCACAAAUAAUGGGGGUAAAAGUUACUUUUUCAAAAUGGGAAAAGCUAGCAACGAGUUUCGUGUAAAUAACCGCAUUAUGUACCUUAAUCAUAAUAUUACUGAUUUGGAAUUACCAGUCAUAGAAAGAAAAAGAGCUCAACAAACGGCCAAAUUACAUCCCAAACAAGAAUUCAACAUAUACUUAGAUGAAGAAUGGAACUACGAUCAUAAUAAAAAUUUUAGUAAAUACCACCUACCUAUGUUUGUUAACAAAUUUUACGAAUCUGCCAGUGUUGACCCGAAUCCAAAAAUAACGACAAGAAUUUUAUUCAACACUAACAGGAAUACAACCAAUCUAAUAAUUAAGUUUAAUUUGGAGAGUCUAAAAAACGAAGAUUCGACUAUUGAGGAUGCCGAUUUAUAUUUUUAUUGGCCGCUAAAAAAUAAUUCUAAGAUAUUUAGGGAAGCGGUGGUAUUGCGUCUGUAUCAAAUCGAAAAAAGCAAAACAGGAGAGUUUAAUCAGGCGGAUUUAGUAGGCAAUCCGGACACUCAUAAACUUUUUAAUGUUAUUUACGUUUCCAAAGCUCAUAAAGGUUGGCAGAUGUUCAACGUGAAAAAACCGAUUGAUAAUUGGCUAAAAGGCGAAGAGAACCUUGGAUUGAUUUUAACCAUUUCGAAUUACGAUACUAACGAAACUAUAGAAAUAUUUAACGAUACCAAUAUAGGCAAUUUCACUACAUUUAUUAUAACAAAAUCGCGAACUAACGACUCGUUAACCAACAAUACAGAAAAUAGAACUGUUAUCAGUCCAAACUACACGUCUUCCGAAUGCCAAAGGGAAGGUUGGAAUGUCGACUUCAGUACAAUGGGAUGGAAUAAAUUCGUAAUAUCUCCUGAGGAAUUCACCGCUUACGAUUGUAUUGGAAAAUGUACCAAGUCUACCAGAACUGACGAAAAUCAUUUCAAACUUUUGCACAUGUUCCAAAAAAGAACCGGUUGUUGUGUACCAACCAAGUACUUUCCUCUAACUAUGAUGUUUUUCGAUAGAUACGGCGACAUUGCUAUUAAAAAUUACGAUAAAAUGAUUGUAGCAGAAUGUGGAUGUAGAUAAAACGAUGAAGA